AUGAAGUUGAACAAGUUAAAGGAGCAGGUAGCAAAUGCGGAGACAACUAAAGCUCAAGCACUCGUACAGCUAGAAAGGGCUAAAAAACCGCCGAGGAAGUCUCACACAAACUCAAAAACUGUUAACGAGUCAAAGGAUUGCGCAAUCAAGGCUACAGAAGAUGCAAGGAAAAGGCUAAGCAGAUUGAAGAAUCGAAUUCUGGACUUGGAAACUGCAAGGGAACAAUACGUGACUGUAAUUACUGAACUUGAUGCAGCUAAACAAGAAUUGAGGAAGGUUCGUCAGGACUGUGAUGCAUCCUUAGAAGCGAAAAUUGCUGCCGUCAACCAAAUAGAAGAAGCUGAACAUGCAGCUAUAAGGUAAUGUCCAAAGAAAACGAAUUUGCACAUAGAAACUUGAUUAAUAGACAAGAAAUGCAAAUAAGUAGUGCUGUAAAUGGAACUAGAAAUCCAGAUGACACUAUAUAAUAGUGGUAAAUAAAUGAAAAUAUAUAUAUAG